AUGACGCUGGCCACUAGCUUCUUGAUUUUGUGGCUCAGCCUGGAGGGUGGCCUGGCUCAGAGUGACACCAGCCCUGACGCAGAGGAGUCCUAUUCAGACUGGGGCCUUCGGCACAUCCGGGGCAGCUUUGAAUCUGUCAACAGCUACUUCGAUUCCUUUCUGGAACUGCUGGGAGGGAAAAAUGGAGUCUGUCAGUACAGAUGCCGAUAUGGAAAGGCACCAAUGCCCAGACCUGGAUACAAGCCUCAGGAGCCCAACGGCUGCAGUUCCUAUUUCCUGGGUCUCAAGGUACCAGAAAGUAUGGACUUGGGCAUUCCAGCAAUGACCAAGUGCUGCAACCAGCUGGACGUCUGUUAUGACACUUGCGGUGCCAACAAGUAUCGCUGUGAUGCAAAAUUCCGAUGGUGUCUCCACUCUAUCUGCUCUGACCUUAAGCGGAGUCUGGGCUUUGUCUCCAACAUAGAAGUAGCCUGUGAUUCUCUGGCUGAUACUGUGUUCAACACUGUAUGGACCUUGGGCUGCCGGCCCUUUAUGAACAGUCAGCGGGCAGCCUGCAUCUGUGCAGAAGAGGAGAAAGAAGACUUAUGA